AUGGGAAAUUCCCUAGAAUGUCAAAAAUGUUUCACAACAGGUGGUUCCUGGUAGGUACUCAUUUGGACCAAAAUAUAUGGGGUACAUUAAAUAGACUGUACAGACAUGUGAACUGCACUUGGGUGAAGUUGUAGGUGAUACAGCUAUUAUUAUAGAAAAGUGUUCCUUCUGCAAUGAAUAUAGAAAAAACUAAUAGCGUUUUCCACAUGACUGCACGGGAUACACUGGGUACACAUUUUUUAUGUUCCAUAAUAUGGAAUAUUGGAGCACAUUUCAAGAAAAGUUUUUAUGUUUCACAGGCACACCUACCAGUUUCUUGCUCCAAGUGCAGUGAUAAUUGUAAGAUAGUGAGCCUUAUGAGUUUUUAUAAUUCAAAUUAAUAAAAUUCUACAUUACUAUUAUUAUUACAUAUUUUGAAUAGCAUUAUAAUUAACUAUAAAAACUUGAAAGGUACCUAAAUUGUUAUCAAAGAGUAAAUAAUUGAAAACUGUUCCACAUGAUUCAUUAUUUGACUGCACUGAGCAGUCUCUAAUCAUGUUUUGUUUAAAGCAAGAUUUCUAGGAGAAAAUUUGUUUACUGAUAAAAAAAUCAAAGAGUACCAUAUCAUAGUAAGACCAAUAGAUCCCUCGCUUCACUCAGAAUCCAAAACAUAUGAUGAUUGGUUACUAUGAAAACAUUGACUAAAUCAACAAUUAACAAUAUAUAAAAUGUAUUUAAAUUACCAGUUUAAAAUUUUGAAAUUAUCUAAGUCCUAGAUCUGUUAUUAUUUUUGUUUUUUAUUGCAUGUGGCAUAUUGGUGUACAACAAAAAAGUAAUAAAGGAAUGUAAUAAAAAAAAAAAAGAAAAAAAAGUGAUAACGGAUUAAUAUAAAUAUAAAUAAAUAAUCUAAAAAAAUAAUCUAAAUAAAUAAAAUAAAUAAAUUAGUCCUAAAUUAAAUAACACAAAUAGAUAAUUUUUAUAUUAUUUGAACCAAUAUUAAUAUCACACUUCAUACAACUUGUGAAUGUUGUUAUAACUUUAAUUAAGUACCCAAUUUUUAAAUUAAACCAGCUGUUUUGCUCAGCCUUGCCCAUGCCAAAUUUUAUUAUCUUUUUACCCAUAUUCCGUUUUGGUUUUAACAGUAUCAGUUAUGAAUAAAAACAAUUAAGUGUAAAGUGGGUAGUCCACCUUUGGCAGACUAAAAGUAUUCUGUUAUGGGAUAUAUUUUUAAAUUUUAAAUUACUGUUUGUCUUAAGCAUUAAAUAUUUCUGGUUGCACCACAUUAAGUGUCUCAACUUCUGGGGCCAACAAUUUUUUUUUACAUGUGACAUGUGAUAGAGCUAUGUACAAUUGAUCAUAGGAAAACAAUUGAACAGUUAGGUCUAAACUCUAAACCAGCAACAUUUAAUGUUUGACCUUGUGCCUUAUUUAUGGUCAUUGAAAAACAUAGUUUCAUGGGAAAUUUGAGCUAUUUAAACUGGAAUGGUAGAUUAGUUGAUAUCAUUGGUAAGACCAUUUCUCCAGCUCCCCAGCUAGUAAGAACCAUACAUUCAAGCAGACAGUAUUUUAUAGAUUUUAUUUGCAAUCUUGUGCAUUAUUAAUUACCAUAAAUACGUUUUGAUCAACCUUUUACAUUUUUGUCUAUAGAGUAUAUAAAGACAAUGUUUAUAAUAUUAAUGCAAUGGUAUCAAGUUCAAAUCUAAGUCAUCAUUACAAUUUUUACUAAAUAUAUUAUUGAAAACAAAUAAUACAAAUCAAAAAACAUGGUCGAUUAACAAAUAGUAACCAAUAUACUAUUAUAUUAAUCUGAAACCAAUAGCAACCAUACAAAAAAAAAAUAUAUUAUCAUUUAACAUUUAUUUCAUCACCACCACACAUUCCUCUCAAAUGCAACCUCUGAAAAUUCUGGUUGGUAUGUCUAAUUGGUGGCAUUUUGUUCAACCAAAUUGCAAUGAACAAACACUUCUCAAAAAACUCACUCAACAAAACAAAAACUGGAUAAAUGUUCAGAUAGAAUAUACCAUAUACUAAGAAAUGAAUAAAUAUAUUUUUUCAUAGAUACCCCCACACCAAUACAUGGAUUUCAUAUUUUUGUUAUUCAUGUUACCAGACACGUAAUUUCUCUAAUUCAAAAAAAAAAAAAAUUAAUUUCUGAACUAAAAUUAUUUAUAACCUGAAUUUAGGGGAUGGCAUUCAAUAUAGGGUGAACUUCAAUAGCUUCAAUUAACCUUUUCCGAACAAUGAGGACAAUUUUACAAAAAAUUGUAUUCGACAAAGCCGUUCUCACAUGAUGCAAUGACCAAGGAAAAAAGGGAUUCGUUUUUAUAUGUAUAUAGAUUUAUAGAUAUUAUUUAUUUUUAACUUAUGAAUUUAUAUAUAUUUGCAGCUUCUUUUAUAACUAUCUGAAUAUUUGUAGAAACAGCAGAAACAAUACGUUCGUAUUAUCAAAUACUAUACAUAAUAAUGAACAAAAUUAACAUAAUUGUAUAUGUCCGCUGCUCUAUAAAAAUGAAUCACUCAGUAUAUCAAGACUAAUUUCAUAUUAAGGUAUACAUUUAAAAUACUUUUCAUUUCCUUAUGCCCUUAGUUAGGUGAAUAAUAAAAAAAAAAAAACUUAUUAUGAUUUAAUAAUCAAACUCUUAUCUAUUGGCACUUAAUAAGUCAUCACCAGCAACACUGUGUUAAAAAUUAUUAUUAUUAAUACAAUGAAUUAUUACAAUGUUAAGUACAAAUGAACUUACUUAAAACUUUGAAAAUUAUGUUCAGUAGUUCAACCGUACAAUUCAAAUACCAAUGAUGAAUUAUAAAUACAUAGAUCUUUUUGUAAUCAUUUUCUUUUACCCAACUUCAAAAACUCUGCAAACAAAUAUUUAAAUGGUGAAACAAAUUCAAACAUAACGAACAGAAAGAACGGUACAUACUUGUAUAAUAAUAUUGAUUAGCGAAUACAAUUCAGUUUGAAAGAGACAAUAAAUAAUAACAAAAAUAUUUGGUGGAAUAAAAUAAAAUUGAAAACUUAAUUGUUUCCAAAUUCUUAAAACCAAUAUUUGGAAUGAUUCGUUUUAUCUAAUUUAUGAGUAGUGAUAUCAUAUCAAUUUAUACAUCAAGGUUUUUAGAUUAUAAUCUUUAAACCUUGUUUAUAGAUGGCAUUUAAUUAAGGUGACAAUAUGAACAUAGAACCAAUAAUAAUUUACAUGAUAACGCAUGAUACACUGAUAAAACGCUAACAUUUUUCGAUGAACGACACUACGACGGUCCAAACAAUUUUUGUUUGUUAUUUUUUUUUUUAUUAAAAGUGAAAUCUUUAGAAAAGUGAAAUUUGUGCAGUUGUGCCAUCACAAAAAGUCCAGAACCAGUUUUUCUGCAAAAUACACAGUAAACCGUUUAAACGUAAGUUUUCGUACAUAGAAAAAUACCAAAUACUUAUAAACUUUUACCAUAUGUAGAUAUACCAAAAUGUACGUCAUAAUCUUUUAUUGUAUAUAGUUAAAUUGGGCUUAUAAAAUAUAGAGCCUCUCCUAUAAUAUCUUGCACAUAAUAUUAUUACUUGUUUAAUGUUCCUCUGUGUGUGUUCGUGUUCCUUUGAUGAAAAUAUACUAAGUUAUAGCAAUAUGUUUUGAAUUAUAUUUAUUGUACUAGUUAAAAAUUAAACAUAGUGUAGGAAUAUGCAAAUUAUUUAAAUGAAGUCUGGCCUUUUAUACAAAAAUUUAUCGAAAAAAGCCAAAUAUAAAUAUAUAUUUCAUGUACACCAGAACACUAUGAUUUAUCAGUAUUUUUUUUUUCCAUAGCUAAACAUAGUAUUAAUAUACUAGUCUAAAUACAUUCUAAUAUUAUAACAGUAUAAUAAAAUUUCAGUUUAUUAUUCAAGCCAUUUUUGUUUUUUUUUUUUGAAACUUGUUAAACGUUUCAAAAAUGAUGACCCAAUUAAAAAUUAGGACUGAUCAUUAGUUUUUAAGUUAUGACCAUUUGAAGUAUAUCGUUUUUAUGGAUAUUAUGUGUUAUAUUAAAUGUUCAAUCUGUUAAUAAAUGUUGUAACUUAUAAUGCUUUUUAACUUUUUCCUGUUACUUUCCUAGUGGUUUUGCACAACCAAUUGAGGGUUUUUUUUCUGGAUUAAAAUAGUAAUAAACUUGUUAAAAUAAUUUUAAAGUGUUAUUAUUAUAUAAGGUACCAAAUUAAAUCAUUGAAAAAAAUGCAAAAAAUACUAAUCGAGAUAGGGGAUUUGUAAUCGGGAAUUCUGAAAUUAUAAGAGGUGUUCAUCACCACUAGACUAGGACAACUAACAUCAAAGAUACUCAAUAAUGAGUAUUUAAUAUAACACACAUAUAAAACUGACUAACUUCAAAACGAAAGAUCAGCUAAAAUUUUUGUUUGUGCAUUCAUUUUUAAAAUGUUGAUUUAACUAAAUUUCCAAAAAAAAAAAAAUAUUCCUAUUAAGCAUACUCCUAAAAACAUUCCUAUUUGAUCACUCAUAUGUAUACAUUAUUUAUACAUAAUAUUAUGUCCCUAAUACCAUUCAAUUUGGAUGCUAAAGAUGAGAUGUUAUUUUCAAAAAUGUGAUGGCAAUUUUUUAGCUGUUAAUUUUGAAGAUAGAAAAAAUAAUUUAAACUGAUGUUCUUGUAGAUACUGUAAAGACAUGCUUAAUGAUAUUGAGUGAUCAUGGUGCAAUGAGUUACUAAAUUUAAAAAAAAAAAAAUGAUAAAAAUAUGGGAAAUGUAUUAUUUUACAUCAAUCAGUUUCAAACUAAUAUUAGAUAAACAUUAUCCAGAACAUUAAACAUGGAGAUUUAUUUGUUAAUAACAAUAUAUUAUACAUCUUGGGUCAAUUCUUAAAUUGCUUGGAAAUCAAGUGGUUUUGCCUUCAUGCCCACAAGUAUGCAAAAUAAGAAAAGAAUCCCAGAACCAAAUGGAAUAUACCUACAUAGGAUACAAAAAUUUAAAACAAUUACCGGGUUGACCAAGUUAUAUUACUAAAAAAAUAAUAAUUUCAAAUAUGUAUAAUUAUUUUUAAAGCAUUAAGUAGUAAGUUUUAUAGAUUAUAUUUAUAAUUUAUAAAUAAUCAAAAUAUUCAUGGAGAUCUAUAUAUUAUAUAAAUAUAAACUAACAUGUCCCGAUUGAAUGACUGAUUCAUCAUCACCUAGCCCAGGGGUCGGCAACCUGCAGCUCGCGAGCCACAUGCGACUCUUUCGGUCUAAAGUUGCGGCUCUCCAGCUGCACACACAAAAAUUAAUAUUUUAGUUCAAAAACAAUAUUUUAUAAUGUAAAAAAAAAAAGUAUAUUAUUUUUGUUGCUUUUGGAAAUAUGAAAUAAUACAUCACAAAAAUAAUUUGACAGUGCUCGCAUGGAGUACAGUCUAUAGUUGUAAAAUGUUUAUUAUAGAGUCUAAUAUAAUCGCGACGCUAUCUACAACUAAUUGGACAUGCAAAGCCAAUGCUCCCAUUGAUGUAUUCCCCUAUUAUUAAAAACUAUUUUUUUUUAUCAUAAAUUUAUUAUAUUAUUAUAAUUAAUUUCAUUAUUAUUAUGUCUAUUAAAAUUUAAAAAUAAAAUUAUAUUUAAAUACUUAAGAAAAUUUUUAGUGGCUCUUUAAAAUCUGGAAAAUUUUGUACAUUGUAACUUUUGGCUCUUCCGUCAAAAAAGGUUGCCGACCCCUGACCUAGCCCAAACCAUUGGACGGAUCAGACUGAAACUUAGCAUACAAAUAGCUGUUAUAAUGUAGACAUCCUCUAAGAAGAUAAUUUUAAUAACACAACCCCUAAGAGAGUACAAUAGGGGUUUUUAGCUAUUUUUGGUAUAAAUAUCUAAUUGUUUAUUUAUUUAUUUUUGUUUAUUUAUGGGUUGCCUUGGUAACAUGGAUGACAAUUUGGUUGUCAAAAACAAGAAAACUGUUAUUAUUAUUAUAAUUAUUACUAUUAUUUACUUUAUCAUCUAGCAAUAGCAAAGCAUUAUUCAGUUAUCUAGUGUAAAUAUUGUUAAGGUACUGUCUGUAAGGCGCGACAUGUCGCGGUGUCUAAUGGCGUCCUAACCAGUGUGGCACUGAUCAAAUUAUUUUUUUAAUUAGUAAUCGGACAUAAGUCACAGGCGAAAUGACAGGAAUAAUUGAAUACUAGGAAAAGAAAGGAUUGUAAUUUUAAAAAAAAAAAAAAAACACUGACACGAGGAGGAUGCGAAGAAGAAGUUAGUAAUUAUAUUUCUGUUCAAGUGUGUACACAAGUAUAAUUGAAGGACAUGGAAUAAAAACCAGAUAAAUCAACUUUUUAAAAUUGUUCAGGAUAGAUAAAAAAAAUUUUAACAUCUUUUAAGUCUAUUAAUAGUGUCCAAAAAUAAUAAAUACAAUUUUACUAUAUUACUUUUUUUAUUUAUUGUACUUUAUCGGCUUUAACUGGUUGUUACAACUAAAUGUAUGUAAUUUUAUCCUUGGGAACGAGUUACCUGAGUUGGAGAAAUUAAUUAAUUUUUUCUAAAAUUUUCCCGCCUCCUGAAAGAAAAGUAAUGGACACAUGGAUGUAAAUAAGGAGAUAGGCUUAGGAGGGCUUGCUCUCCCUAAGACAUUUUAAUGUGCAUGGGUAAUCUUUAUUAUAAUGAAUUACAUAUUUUAUAUUGGCCAUACAUAAUAAUAUUGUCUAUUUUUUUUAUUUUUACCUAUAUAUUAGUUUAGUAUGCCUCGAAAGAUUUUAUUACAAAAUUGGUCGUCCGCAUAAGUAAAAAGGUUGGGAACCGCUGGCUACCAUUAACUAUAAUAAUAUGUGAUUUUACCAUUUUGUGAAUCAAUGGAAAAUUGUAUAGUGUUUUUAUCGUUUAACAUAUUUAUCAUUACAGUGUGCUAUUAUAUAAUAUAUUGUAAUAUACACAAUGGUACAUGUGCCCUGGGAAUAUUAUUUAUUAUUAACCCUCAAUGGCCAUAUUUUUUUAACGCCAAAAAUAUCCCAAACUAAUUUUGAUGUACUGAAUUUGGGAAAAAUAAUUUUAAAAAAUUCUAUGUUUGAGCUUGUAUUAGAAAAUUGUAUUUGUAUACUAAAGUACUAAUAUAAACUUAAGUAUAACUACCGUAUUAUUAAUUAUUUGUGUGUUAUGAAUAACUAAAUAUAUUAGUAUAUCUUAUCAUAAUUUCAAAUUUCAUCCCUGAUGAUUUAAAAUAGUAUUUUUCACUCAAAACACAUUUUAUAAAUCAAGAAAAUAAAAACCAUACGAGAGAAAAAUCAUGAACUUACGUUAUCAAGUUUCAAACACAUUACAAAACGUUAAUUGAUAGCGUUUGUAUUUACGUAUCAAUAUAAAAACCAUAGAUUUUUCGUAAUCCUUAUAUAAUGUGGAAAUAUAUUAUUUUAACUUGUUCCAUAUUUUCUACAAUGAGCAUUGAAAAAGCAUUAAAAAUGAAAUAUAUUAUCCAUAUUCUGGAAUUUUCGCAAAUAAUUCCACACUAUAUUUAUUUUUUUUUUCUUAGAAUUGAUAAAUUAUUUGUUUUGUUGUUCUAAUUGGUUUACAAUUUUUGAGGUUUAUUAGAUUAAAAAUAUAUUACCACUAUGGUUAUAAUAUAACUGUCAUUACCAAGAUUUGGAGAGAGCAUGCGGGCAACAAUAAUUAAUGAAAAUAAAAUAGCGGCCGACGUUAUUUGAUCAUAAACCUUGUGUCAUUACGGCAUAACCUAACCUUAAAACAGCUAAUUUUUUUUUUGUACAAGUAACUAUAACUCGUAUUGUAGUAAUCGUACUCAUUCUUAUUUUUUAAUGUUUUAACGUACCCAUUAAGUAUACAUCUUCAGUACCUAGUAAAUUUUCUACAGAAGACACUUAAAAGAGGUGACUUCAAUUUGAAUAUAGAAAAAUAUAUUUUUUUAUGAAUCACUAAAUAAUAAGUAAAGUAGUAUUUAUAUUUAAAUUUAACAUAUUUAUGACUUGGUAGAAAGUAAAAUUUGUAAGUAGUAAAAAUAACCAUUAUUUAAGAAUUUAUAACAAAUUGUCAAAUUCCAAUUCUUGGGAAUAUUCUCUUAUUUUUAAAUUCUGAAAAUUUACUCCAUCACUAAUAGUUCUCAGUACUAAAAUAAAUAUUUUAGUUUAUUGUCAUAUGUUUAUAAGGUCAUAUCAUCAGAAGAUAAAUUUAUAUAGUUAGUUUAGUAUAGUAAUAAAUAAAUAAUUUUCAAUUUUACAAAUUAUAUCUCCUUAAAUUAUAAAAUUAGUCAUUGUGUUAAAUAUUUUUAGACCAUUUAUCCCAAAAUGCAUUUAUAUUGUGGUUUUUUUUUUUUGGUUUAUGAAUGUGAACAUUUCUUUUAGAAAAUCUAAUUUUCAAUCCAUUAAAGAGAAAACAAAUAAAUUGCAAUGAUUUAUGCAGGGUCUGAUAUGAUUAUAACACUUCCCUCUCCUCCAAAUUAUUGGGAAAUAAUGAUAUUCAAUUUAAAAAUGCUGGUAAUUGUAAACAAAAACUCAUCAGCCCCUUGCCUGUUACAUUCCUUGGUUUUGGUAAAAACCUUAAACCCCAUGGCAAUAUGAUGGUUUUAACAAAUUAUUAAUCUUUUUAUUAAUUUAUAUAGGUAGCAUCUUGGAGGAUAUCAAUUUCAAUCCAAAUGUCUUGUAAUUACGCUGAGGGUUUAACACCCUAUAAAAACAAAGGAAAAGUCGGUAUGAUCGAAGUAUGUUUAUGUUUAUUAUGUUUUACAAAAUUAGUAGUUACUUUUUUAACUAUAUAAUUACUUUUGUAUUAAUUAUUUUAUUUUGUUUAUUUAGAUUUUUGAUGCACCUAAUGAUUUAAAUGAAAAGAUUUCUCUUCUUGCUGAUUGGAUUAAAAACUCGAAGUAUACCGUUUUUCAUACUGGCGCAGGGAUAAGUACAUCUGCUGGCAUACCAGAUUUUAGGUUAAUUAUUACUUGUACAUUUUUGCAAACACUUUAUUAAGAAUAAAACUAAUAUUUACAUUUAUUUUAGGGGUCCAAACGGAGUAUGGACUUUAGAAAAACAAGGGAAAAAACCAGAAAUUAACUUAGAUUUCAAUGAUGCGAUGCCAACUUUAACUCACAUGGCUAUCAAAACUUUGGUUAAAAAAGGUUUACUUAUUGAAUAAUUUAUUUUUAAAUACUAUUCAAACCAUCAUAACAUUCAGAACUAUCUUGUCUUAUACAUUAUGACUUUUAGGUUAUGUCAAGUAUGUUGUGAGUCAAAAUAUUGAUGGUUUGCAUUUAAAAUCUGGAUUACUCCGUGAACAUAUGUCUGAAGUUCAUGGAAACAUGUUUACUAUGAAAUGUAAUAAAUGCAAUAGGUAAAUGAUUAUUUUGCUUAGAGAAUAUGUAAAGUAUAAUAACUUUCUUCCCUUUGUUCUAUACAUAUUAUCAACUACUUAAUUAUACACAAAUUAUGUUUAAUUAUAAUAUUUUAUUGUCCAUUAGGUCUUUCACCAGUCAAACAGCUGUAAAGACAGUCGGACAACAAAAUCUAAAUAUAAGCUGUUUAGGAAAAACCAAAAAAGGUAGUCUGUGUCGAGGCAUUUUACAUGAUACAAUUUUAGAUUGGGAGCACAGACUACCAUAUAACGAAUUACAGAUGGCAGAACUACACUCCAAGUAAAUAUACAUUAUUUUUUGUAUAAAAGUAAUUUUUAAUUGUUUCUUUCUAAUUUCUGUGUAUAUUAUAUUAUACUUAUAGCAAUGCAGAUUUAUGUAUUUGUUUGGGAACAUCAUUGCAAAUCCAACCAAUUAAUUUGGUCCCUUUUAAAGCAAAGAAAAAUAAAGGAAAAGUUGUCAUUUGCAAUUUACAAAAAACUAUGUGUGUAAGUAUUAUAACUAUUAUUUGAUAUAUUGAGUCAAUGAAGUAUAUUUAAAUUGUUUGUUCAACAAAAUUAAUUUUUUCAUUAUUAUUGGGGGAAUUUUAUUUCAAUUAAUAAUUUUUUUCUUAAACACAGAAUAGUUGAAGUAAAUUAAUAAAGUCCUAAUACACAAUUGUUCUUAAUAAAAAUAUAAGAUAUAAUAUCAUAAAGUAAUAGCUCUUCCUUUUUUGAUACUAUAUUGUUCUAUAAAAUUAUAUUUUAACAUAUAUGUUUACAAAGUAUAACUUCAGGGUGUAUAUAAUGCUACAGAUUUAGUGAUGCCUCCAGUUCCUAUUGGUGAAAAACCUAGGUGGGUGAUUCUAAUAAGCACAUGGUAUCAUUUCUAUAGGGUAUGUAUAUUCACUUUAUAGUUAACUAUACCAUUAUCCCUGUGGAUUAGUAGAGGCAGCAAAUAGAGUUGUCAAGUUGACAGCCAAUGUAAUACUCUGUCUAAUAAAUGAAAGGUUCCGACUUUCAAAGAGAACUGCUCAGUGAUGCGCAGCUCUACUCAUUUAGACAUUUAGACAAUCAGCUUAUUAAAUCAAGUAUGGUAUUUGAAGAAUAAUACUUGGUAAUGUAAUAGGCAAGGUUGAGAGUUUUAACCCAUCAUUGGUCAGGUGAUGAGAGAUUCUUUCACUGGGGUAUUAUUUUGAUCAUCACUGUCUUUUAUAUCAGUUUAUUGCUUAGCAGUUAUGCAGUUAACUUAUCAAAUGCGUUUAAUCUAAAAUAUAGAUAGGCAUUAACUGAAAUUGUUAUUAAUUAUAUAUUUUCAUUAUCCAUCCAAUGUAACUUGUAUGCACAGGGUGAGAGAAAUUCUCUAUAUUCAACCAAACAAGUAAAUGUUUUAUGUGACAAGACAAUUCCAAUGAGACUUAAAGAUAAGUUCUACAAUAGUGUGCUGAGACUAUUUUGUGUGGUUUGGAGUUUAUAGCUGUGGUAUACAGAAAAAUAUAAUAAAGAAUGAGUAGCAGAGAUGAGAAUGCUUAAGUGAAUGAGUGGAGUUUUGAGAAAAGAUAAGAUAAAGAAUGAGUACAUAGGAGGUAGCUUAGACAUGGCUUCAAUAGUAUAAAAAAGUAGACCAAGAUGGUUUGGGCAUGUCAUGAAGAGAGAAGAAUCUGUAUGAAUUGUAAUGAGCGUAAAUGUAGGGAAAAAAGGUUGAAAGGAAAACCGAAAAAAGAGAUGGUUGAAUGUGAUUGAUAAUGAUAUGACAGCUGGUGUAUGAAGGUGAUAUAUAGGGUUAAAUAGAAGUAUAAGACAAAAAUGGCCAACCCCAAAUAGUUGAGAUGAAGGCGAAGAAAAAAAGAUACAUUUUACAUACUGAUAUAAGUAUUUACACUACAUUUUUAUUUGAAUAUAAUUAGUAUACAUUUUUUUUUUUUUUUUUUUUUAGGAUCGUAAAGCAGAUCUUGUAAUUCAUACUUAUGUGGACGAUAUGAUGAAAUCUUUAAUGGGUAUUCUUGGUGUUGAAAUUGAAAAUUAUGAUGAGAAAUUAGAUCCUACAAAAAUGACAAAUCCAACUGAUUGGACUAUUUAUGAAAUUGAUUUGCUAAAUAUGCAAGAUAUUAAAAAGGAUGAAACUAAAUCAAAAAAACGAAAAUUACAAGACCAAAUCCUUUAA